AUGGCGAGCAGCUCUAAUUUCCCGGGUACUAACCCUUUUCUAAAAGUGUCCACGAAGGACGACAAGUCUUCCCAGUUCAACAAAAUCUUCGAAGAAGACGAGUACGAGGUGACGUCACCAACCGACUCGACUUUUCGAACCGCCAAGUCCACCGCAGGGGCUUCGACCGCAGGGAAUAGCCUCUUCUCGGGCAGUGGAUUCGGCGCCUCCAGUGGAGGAAUACAGUUUGGCAGAAGCCCCUUUGGUGGUGAUCCCCCAGGGGACCAAGAAGGGCAAGACGACUCCUCUGGGGCUCCAGAUAGAAUUCGCCCAACAGGUGGCCCAAACCAGGGAUUCCCCAACAAUUAUGCCCUAGGCCGUCGCACAUCCGUGUCUGCUGAGUCUCUUAACCCUACCUCUACAGGCUCGGAUAGCUGGAGCCCCCCGUACCACCAAAAGACAGAGGCACAGCUUGCGCGUCUGAAAACCGCUGUGAGCAGCAACUUCCUUUUUGCCCACCUAGACGAUGAGCAAUUCAAAACUGUUCUCGAUGCUCUGGUUGAAAAGCCGAUCCCUGCCAAAGAUAUCAAGGUGAUCUCCCAGGGGGAUGCUGGGGAUUACUUCUAUAUCGUGGAGGAGGGCCAUUUCGACGUCUGUAUCAACCCCUCCGGCUCCGUGCAACCAGGCCCUGAAGGCAUGGGAAACAAAGUCAGCACCAUCGGACCAGGGGGCUCAUUUGGAGAACUAGCGCUCAUGUACAAUGCCCCUCGAGCGGCGACAAUUGUGUCUACCGAUACUAAAAGCACCCUUUGGGCUCUUGACCGUGUGACUUUCAGACGCAUUCUCAUGGACUCGGCCUUCCAGCGCCGUCGCAUGUAUGAGGCUUUCCUCGAAGAAGUCCCCCUACUUUCUAGUCUCAAGCCCUACGAACGUGCGAAGAUUGCAGAUGCACUGGAUACAAUUAAGUACCCCGCUGGUUCAACCAUUAUCACAGAAGGCGAUCCUGGUGAUGCUUUCUAUCUCCUCGAGUCUGGCGAGGCCGACGCGUUCAAGAACGGCGUCGACGGGCCCGUAAAAUCGUACAAACGGGGAGAUUACUUUGGAGAACUGGCACUGCUGGAUGACAAACCCCGUGCCGCCAGCAUCAUUACUCGAACCGACGUUAAGGUAGCGAGAUUAGGCCGAGACGGCUUCAAGCGCUUACUAGGGCCCGUGGAGGAGAUCAUGAGAAGGGCUGAAUAUGAGGCAAGGCCGACCCCCACAUGA